UAGUUAUUGACUGAGAAGUAUGUUUACUGGGGCAGAGAGGGGGUGAGAGUUUCAUUCAGAGGAGGAGGGAAGGAGAGAGGAGGUCACAGGCAUAGUGAAGGAAGGAGGGGAGGGAGCUAUGGCCAUUGAAGGAGACACAGGAUGAUAUGGAAGCAAUGUGGGCUACAUAAUAUCACUGAAAGCAAGGAUCAGAUCUAGUGAUAGAAGUCAUCCUUUUACCCCGCACUUCCUGGCACAUCUGGCAGCUGAGCAUUCUCAAGGCUGGGAUGGUAGGGAGCAGCUGAAGCUGCCAGGCUCACCGUUUGCUGCUCACCCUCAGAGAUGUGCCAGGGAGUCAGCCAUAGCAGAGAGCUGUGUGCUUCACUAUCUCAAGACCCCUGGAGCAGAAGCCAGCUGUGCCAGUGGGCUCCAGAGAGCUGAAAAGGCCACAACACAUGGAGACGGAGGAGGACUCCAGGGACACUGGACAACUGAUAACAUUUGAUUGUGGAGAAGACGGAGAUGGAGGUUAACACAAGAGAAUGUGCGUCCCCUACAGACAAGAGGAGAUCAACAGGACGGGCAAGUAAAUCCCCAAGAAAAGUAAAACCUGGUGGGAAGACUAGAGAUACUGAAAAAACUGACAAGUCAUUGAAGCAUGAAGAACAUGGGAUGAAGACAUCUGUGCUGCAGGGAAAGGUGAAAGCUCUGAAGGAAAAACAGAUGAGGGAGAAGGAAUCACGGCACUCUGAGAGCCAUGGAAGUGAAGGUGACAUUCUUGAAGAUGCUCUGGUGUCUCCACAGCUUCGCACCUACCUGACAGAAGACAUGUUGGAUUGUAAUAAGCAGGAGGCAUGGGGAUCUGAUGAGCAUUGGGGGGCUUCCUCAAGUCACUGCAAAAGCUGCCAAAUAGAAAAUUUGCCCAAUUCUAUUCAUACUUAUGAGAACAGUUCACAAUUCUGUCCUCACAACUGCUUGCACUUUACAGGUGAUAAUCCCUCCAGUACCCCAUGCACUUCAGGGGACCCUCACUCCUCACUGAGCCUGGCUGAGCGAGUGGAGAGAAACCGGCAUGAGCUGAGAUGUAAACUCAACAGCACAGCCUGCCACAAUGUGGAUAAUACAAAUGGUGGUCUGCCCAGCCAAGUCUCCAAAGAUGUCAGCUGGUUGUUCUCCGGUGAUAUAGAUGUUGAUUCUGGUGUAUCUAUACCUGUAACAGAUGACUGCAGGGAGCUCAGCGUCCGUCACGAACAGGCCAAGCAGCUGCUACACAGAGCACGGAUGAAAGCAAAGGGGGCCAGUCCCUUGCGAGCCUCCCACUGUGUUCUACCGCAUCCACAUUCGCAGCCUCCACUUCGCCGUGGUCUAAAUGCAACUAGUGGUGUGACAGACGGAGGAUCUCAAAGUGACAGCUCUAGCAGUGACUAUUGUUCUUGGCACAAAAGUUCUCGAGGGAGUUCUCCAUCUCACGUACGUUUUCAGGAUGAAUCUGAAAGAGAUGUAGAAGAGAGAUAUCGAGAGCGACAGCACGUUCCGCAGACUAAUUCUGUGAACAAUACUCCUCCACCAAAGAGACAGGCAAAUGGGCCUCCUUCCUGGACAGAGCAGUUGUCGCCAUCUGGUCAUGGACAGUGUGGCACUUGUGGCACCAACGUGAAAGGAUCAGCAGCCAGUCCUGCUGCUACCCAUGGUACUAACCUACGAAAUGUUCACUUAGGUUCAAAAAUUACUCAGGAUGGCUCCCUCAGCUCAUCUUUGGGGGUCAAGCCCUCACCUCACUGGAUUUUACCUUCCCAACCAUGGCGAGUACAUACAGAGCUUAUCCGUGAGACCCACAUUGGUGGUGAUUCCACUGCAGACUCUUCUGGAGAAGAAGAUGGCAGUAGGACUCACGUCAAUAAAAGUCACAGAUGGGGAACACACAAGUUAUACAAAAAUAGUUCUCCAGAUACCCCUGAGCAUGGAGCGAUAUUACGCCCAACACGUUCAUUCUCUGAUGCUCAAACAAGGGCUGGAGGAUUGAACGCUGAACAAGUCAUUAAGGGAAGAAAUGGUACCUCUGUAUUUGCUAUAGAAAGCAGAAUUAAAGAUAAGCAAGCCCUAUUAGAACCCAAUUCUAUACUUAAAAUAUCAGAAUCGAAUCCACAGAUUGCCGCCAUGACGAGUGGAUUUUAUGUUGAUUCAGUAAGAACUGGUUUAACAAAAAUGGCACAAGAAAUUGAAACUAAGCCCACAAGAAAAUCCAAGAGUUUAACGCUUGACAUGGAGAAGGGAUUCAAUGCUUUACAUACAGAGAUAGAAACAGGGAACAUUGUGUUAAAUUUAGAUACUAGACAUGGUACAACUGAUGAGAUAGAAAGUAGGGCCCAUGUUGCUCCAAUGGUUCCCUGUAUGCCAUACAUGGUAUCUCAAUCAGAUUCUGGCAAACUGCAAGGUGGUCUUGCCAACCGUGUGCCUAUUCCUCCACCCGGGAAAGCACCCCCCAUAAUGCUGUCUAGAAAUAGUAGACUGGCACCCCGUACAGAUUUUGUCAACCAACAGCUACUGCAAGGAGGUAACAAGGUACCAGUUUUCCAGGACAAAAAGGGAAUUCAAUCCAACCUAGUGCCAAACCCUAAAGUGACCAAUCCUGAUGUUCUUGGAGAUAUAGACAAUCAUCAUCUGUCUACAUCCAGUACAAAAGUAAUAGAGCUUAAGGUCAGAGAAGCAUCUUCAAAUUCCAAGAGACAGUCAGAGGAGAGGAAGACCAAGGAAAAUAGAAGUUCUGAGAAGAAACAUGUGAAAAGGGAACCAAGAGACAAUGAGAGCUCUCACACUGGUAAUAGACAUGUGCAUUGUGAGAGAAAUAACUCUGCUAAAGACCUUCAGGAGUCUGGGUCUGGUCCUAAGGUCGGUGGUCAAUCAUUAGAGGAGACAUUGAAUGAAGGAAGUUUUCUGAGGAAAGAAAAGUGCACUGAGAAAACAAGAACAAACGCACAACAUACUACAAACAAUGAGCGCACAGGUCCAGUUAUUGCAACCAAAGACAGGUGCACGGAGCUGGCACAAGAGAGUAAAGCUCAGUCUGAGGCUAAAAAAGGAGACCUCCGUAGUGGAAUGAGAAAAAUAUUUUCCAGCAUUGGCCUAACGUCCCGGCCCAAGUUGGAGCGGUUCCAGUCUCCUAGUUUGGAGCAGAUAUCGUCUCCAGACCUUCAUAAAGGACGUGCAAAUGGGGACAGUGACUCAUAUGUUGGAUCAGAGAAGCUGGGAAGGAUAAAGAAGAGUCCAUCACUGCAAUCUCUGAAGCUGAUGUCACCCUUUAACCUACCAAGAAGAGCAUCAUCUGUUCAGAAUUUGUUGGGAAAGUCAGAUCGGUCUGCCGCCUAUAUUACAGGGGAUGUCAACACCGCUCCAAGACGUGCACUCAGCGUAGAAGACAUUGGAUCUCCUGGUAUGGCUCGUUCACUAGGGAAGGUAGCAGAGGUUUAUCCAGACGGAACUCGCCUUUUGGAAUUACGUUGUCUAGAAAAGGGAGGUUUUGGGUUUAGCAUUUCUUCUGGUAAUGGAAGGCCUGACUCAGGUAUAUAUGUGCAGGAAAUGAGCGAUGCCAACACUGCCAAGCUUUAUUCUGGCCUCCUGAGAGUAGGAGAUGAGAUCUUGGAGGUGAAUGGGGCCAAGGUGUCUACACUGGGACUAGGACAACUGAAUGACAUCUUGGACCGUGAAUCUGUGUUGUCUUUACGUGUUUUACAUCAGAGAAGGACCAAGUGUUGAUGGGACACAUGGCGGAGAUGAGUCAUAUGGUACUUACAGGAGAUGGAAAAUUUGACAAUGUCCUCAUCUGAGGUCCACAACCCCAUCUCGUGUUGUCGAUAAAUAUGGUGACAGCUCAGUCCCAGUCUCGAGCUUAUGUUAGAUGUUUUGGAACGUCUUUGUUUACCAAACUAUUUUGCACUGUCUUUGGACGUCAUGUUUUGUUUAAGCAACAACACUGGUGUGACACCGUGAAGAAUGCCGUUACCUGUACAGCCGUCUGUAAUAUCCAUGUAACCCUCAAAACUUUUACACCGCACAGUAUUAAGCUGAUGGUACAGUAUGUUGAUGUCAUCCAUUUCCCUGACAUGGUUCCCCACCCAUACCCUUUGCACAGGUCACGCUCAGUGUUUAUUUUUUGUGUAUUUAUGAAUCUUCUGCUCCUCACUGCCUAUUCUGAUUUUAAUAUAUUAAACCUGUUUACAGUGUU